UUAUCUUUUCGUGACAAACUUUUGAGAUCAUACGUAAAUUAUAAUCAUAAGUCAUAGGUCAAAUUGAUGAGAUACUAUUCAUGGUCUUUUAUUCACAGUAAAUAAAGUAUUUUCUAAAUGACACUGACGAGCUUCGUUGAAAUUCCAAAACUAAUAGCUGAAAAUGGCAAAGAAAUCCUUUCAACGAUGUCACACAGAUCUUCAUUGGGAAUCUAUUACUCGAAUUUCAAAUAUUCCAGCUAUCGAAUCUAGCAUCAAUUUGACUUCUAAUAUUUAUGGAAAAAUAAAGAAAUCCAAUUCGUUAAUAAACUGGAGUUUGGAUACCGUUGAACAAUCAUUGGCACUUGUAACAGCGUCAGCUAAACCUGCUUUUCUAUCAUUAAAUAAAAUUACGUCAGCAAUUGACCAAAUGAUUUGUAGAGGAAUUGAUAUUAUUGAGUUGAGAGUGCCAUCUGUAAAUUUACCCCCUCAAAUUCUUUACGUAAACACACGAGAAUACAUGAAUGAUAAGUUCGUGAAACCAGUAAUCAAACGAGCCGGAAGUGUAACGCAAAUCGGUAGUCAAGCAGCUGCCGUUGCCGCAGAAACUUUGGACGACGCGUUAACUGUUGCUGAUGGAUAUGUUGAUCAUUAUUUACCCGCCGAUCCAACUGAUAAAAGAGGAGAAGAAGUCAAUGCAAGUGUAAUUAAAGUAAACAGUAAGGCAGCUCGAACACUGAAACAUGGUGCUAGACUUUCAAGGAAAGUGCAAAGAAGACUUACUCGUCGUACGUUGGCAGAGGCACGAGCUUUGAAGAAUCAAGGAAUCGAGUGCCUUCAUAUUCUUAUAAAAGUCAUGAAGUUGGCUAUAACUGAUCCCAAAACAGCUUAUCAGAAAUCUAAAGAACUCUGGGCGUUAUUAAGCCUCCCAGAACCAGAAAAUCAACAACGUCCCAAGACUCUUGAGCAACUCUUGGUUUUAUUGACACGAGAAUCUGCACGCAGAAUUGUACAUUUAAUAAAUGCGGCAACAAUAUUUGCAGCAAAGAGUCCUCUUUAUUUUGAAGUUAUUUUUACAACAAUUUCACAUCAAUUGCUCUCAAUAGCUGACGUUAUUUUUCAAGUAGCUUCAAUUACUUAUAAGCCAGAAGUACAAGAAUCUCAAGCUUCUAUUCUAAAAGCAGCCGUUCAAAGGCUUAACAUUUCAACUACUGCAUUUUUAGAAAAAACUGCAAUAUUCUUAGCUGGGCGUCCUGAACCUAAAAAGUUAACAUCACAAAACCAUAAUAAUCACAUGUCUCAAUGUCUAAAUCGUGCCUUAAAUGCGACUGAAACAAUGCUUCAACUGCCACAAUUUGAAGCUUUUCAUCGAGUCUGUGGACUUCCAUUAGUAGAACGAGCAUUAGCUAAAUCAGCGUCAACAUAUUCUCGUGUCAAAAGUUCUCAUCAGUUAAUUAAUUGGAUUCUCUCUACGGCUGAAAAUUCAUUGAGUAAUGCAACUAAACAAGCAGUACCCUUUGCUGUACCAAUCGCUAUGAAAUUAGAGAUUCCAAUCCAUUUUGUUGAUUAUACUCUCUGUAUAGGGUUGGACAAGAUCGAAGAGUCUGUUCCAAUCGUAAAAGAUUCACCAGAACAGAUAAUGGAAAAAGGAUACAUGUUUGCAUUGCAAACCGUAAGACCAGCAGUAUCUACUAUCACUUACGCUAAUGAUUUAAUUAUAACCCAAGCUUCAGUGCUAAAAGAACGCAGCUGGAAUAGAGCAAAUCAAAUUCUUGAUUCUUAUUAUGGAACUGCAGCUAUACAAGGAUUUGAUAAUACAGUUCUUGUGGUUGAUAAAUUACUUGAUAGAUACUUUCCUGCUACUGGUAAUGAAGAAUUUGUUGAACCAGCCUCAGUGGAAGAAGACAAACUUUUACAUACUCUACAGACUAUUGGAAAACUGUCUAAUAAAGCAGCUCGACGGGUUUAUACUAAUGUUAUUCGAAAUCUUCAAACGGUCAACAAAAAAAUUAUCUUAGCAAUCAUGACAGAUCCAACAGUACAAAGUCCAACAAGUCAAGGACCGCGUUUAGAAGUACUUGAUCGCGUAAAAAAUAUUCCAGCAGUACAUUCAGCCAUAGAAAAAACUGGAUCUACAUAUUCAUAUCUAAAAGACUCUCAUCAUCUUGUUAAUUGGGCAUUAAGUUUUGCCGAAGCUGGACUUCAUUACGCAACUGCUACAGCAGCUCCAAUAGCAAAUCCUCUAGCUAAAAAAUUUGAAGAUCAAAUACAUUCUGUCGACCAAAAAUUGUGUCAAGGAUUGGAUAUUGUUGAGCAGAAAGUUCCUAUUGUUAAACAACCACCUGAAGAAAUAUACGUUGCUGCAAGAAAUGUUAUGAGUAGUUCACUCCAACCAACAAUUGAAAAAUUAGUCUCUAUCAAAGAAUCUGCUGCAAAUCAGGCUACUGCUCUUAAAGAUAUUAGCAUCAGUAAAGCAAAUGAACUUCUAAGUACUCAUUAUGGUUCAUUAGCUAUACAAGGAGUGGACAAUACAAGUGCUCUUGUCAACAGGUUACUUGAUCAUUAUUUUCCUUCAGUUCUUGGUGAAGAAAAUCAACCCGCUCCCGUAUCAGCAGAUGAAAACAAAGUUCUUCAUGCCGUUCAAACUAUUGGUCAAUUGUCAACAAAGAUGGCUAAUCGUGUAUAUCAUUCAGUUUCUGCUCAAUUAAAAACUGUAAAAAAAGAAGACGUAGGAAAUUAUAUUUCUAGUGUUAUUUCUAUUCUUCAUCUAACACAUUUUUUGAAUCUUGAUAAAGAAAUCACAAAUUCACCAGCCGUUGAAGAAAAAAAAGAUCAUUAAAAUAAAUUCGUAAAACAUAUCACUAAGAAUUAAGUGUUAAACCAUUUUUAAUUAUACUGUAAACCCAUAAAAGUUGUACUAAACAGUUAUUUUUAUAUCUUUAUAUGACUAUUACAUAAAAGUCUAACUUGUAAAUGAUUAGUAUUGAAAAAAAUAAUAGAAUUGUUCAAUAUUUAA